AUGUUCCUCUAUUCUGGCCGUACGUCAUCACGAUUAGACGAGCUCGGACACUUGCCCGCACCUCGACUUGCACCCAUCUCCGCUCGCCUCCCCACUUCCACAGGUAUUCUUCCCUCACAUGUCUUCUCGUCCGCCUUGAUGCCAGCAUCUGGCACCACUUCCGCUGACUCAUUCCCAGGUCUUAGUAUGACCUCAUACGGUUGGCACAUGCACGCGGACGUCACACCCUCCACUCCAGCUCUC